CCCUACGCGCUUCCUCAUCAGUGAACUAGAGCGGAUCAAAACUUGUCGUCACGCUCAGCCCGCUUGGAGAAGUGGGGCAAACCGUGGAGUUUCGUGUUUUUUCUCUGAAGCGGAUUAUCUUUUCUCCAUACAACUGGUAAAUAGUCCCGAAGAGGACAGACCAGAGGACACGAAGUGAUAAAGAAAGAUGCCGCUUCUUCACAAAAAGCCGUUCAUCCGACAGAAACCUCCAGUUGAUCUAAAGCCAGAGGAAGAAGUUUUCCUUUGUAAAGUCACACAUGAAAUCUUCAGAACUUAUGAUGAAUUCUUUGAGAGGACCAUCCUGUGUAACAGCUUAGUGUGGAGCUGCGCCGUGACGGGCAAGCCUGGCCUGACCUACCAGGAGGCCCUGGACAGUGAACGGAGGGCCAGGCAGAGUCUGCAGAACUUCCCCAGCAGCCUGGUGGUGCCCCUGCUGCACCUCACCGCUCUCACACACCGCACACGCCUGCAUGAGGUCUGCGAUGACGUCUACUCCUACGUCAAGGAGCGCUUCUUCCCGGGAGAGAUGGUGGACAUGGUGGCCCGCUCAGGAGCCAGGCAUCCCUGUCAGGUGCUGGAGGUAAUUUCUCCCCAUUCUAACGGUGCUCUGAAUGGGCACACUCCGAACCACGUAGAGAGUGACUCCAUUAUCAUCAGCGACAGUGAUGAAGACACUACACCAGUCUCUCCCAAGACCCCGAAAACGACGCCUAAUGGCAGAAAGAAGAAGUCUUCCCUGAACCCAUCUGUGUUCAAAUACAAAAUUCGCCUCGUCAAAGCGGAGAAUGGCGAAACCCAACUCGUCAAAGUCGCACAGCUUUGCCGUAAAAAGAACGUCUUCACCAGAGACCGACUGAAGCUUCUGUUGAAGCAGCACUGUGAACCCCAGAAUGGAGUUGUACGGCUGAAGGCGUCCACUGUGGCACAUUAUAAGUUGUCAGAACAGAAUUUCUCUCAGAUCUUCCCCGACGAGCCUCCAGUGUUUGUCUUCAGUCCACCUGGAAAGAGCCGGGGACGGCGUCCAAAUGAUGCUUCACCCGGGCAGGUGAACUUUGCAACGGAGAGUCAGGACAUGAUGCGAGCAGCCGAGGAGAAGCUCAGGAUCAUGCAGCAGAGAGAGGAAAUGGCUGGCAUGGCCCAAGAGAAGGCCAGAAUGAAGAAGGAGCGAGAAGACCUGUGGGAAGCCAAGAAGAAAGAAAAGGAAGACCGUGAGAGAAAGAGGGAGGAGAUCAAGAAGAUAAUUGAGGAAGAACGCCAGAAGAGGAAAGAGGAGAAAGAAAGAAUGAAGAUCGAGAAAGAGAAGGAGCGAGAGAAACUGCGAGAGGAGAAGAAAAAAUAUGCAGAGCGUCUGAAGCUGUGGAACAAACCCAGGGAGGACAUGGAGUGUGAGGACCUCAAGGAGUUGCCAGCUCCUGUCCCAGUGAAGACGCGUUUGCCAGCAGAGCUGUUCGGAGACGCCCUGAUGGUGCUGGAGUUCCUGCAGGCCUUCGGGGAGCUCUUUGACCUCAAGGACGAGUUCCCAGAGGGCAUCUCGCUGGAGAUCCUGGAGGAGGCGCUGGUGGGCUGUGAUCCAGAGGGCCCACUGUGCGAGCUGCUUUUCUUCUUCCUGUCGGCCAUCUUCCAAGCGCUGGCAGAGGAGCAGGAGGAGGUGGCACGGGACCAAGUUGCUGAGGCCGACACCAAAGAUUUGAGCGAGGCCCUGGACGAUGACGCAGACCCCACGCAGUCGGCCAUCACUGCAGUGGCUGCCCUGGCUGCGGCCUGGCCUCAGCUUCACCAGGGCUGCAGUCUGAAGCAGUUAGAUCUGGACAGCUGCACCCUGACGGAGAUCCUCCGCCUCCACAUCCUGGCCUCGGGGGCCGACUGCAGCUCCACCAACGCCAAGUUCCGCUACCAGAAGCAGGGCGGCUUCGCCUCCACCGACGACCCCUGCGUGGAACUGCGUCUCUCCAACCCAGGCCUGGUCAAGCGGCUGGCCUGCACCGCCGUCUACGACCUGCUGCCCGGUGAGAAGUUGAAGAUCCUUCACGCUCUGUGUGGGAAGCUGCUGACGCUGGUGUCCACGCGGGACUUCAUUGAGGACAGUGCAGAUGAGCAGCGGCAGGCCAAGCAAGAACUGCGCGAGCUCAAGGCUGAGCAGCACCGCAGGGAGAGAGAGGAGGCCGCUGAGAGAGUUCGCAAGCGCAAGGAGGAGAAACUGAAGGAGCAGGAACUGAAACUGAGGGAGAAGCUGAAGGAGGAGGCCAAGAACGGAACACAGGCUGCUGGAGAGGAGCUGGACACGAGCACAGAGAGUCAGGAAGCGCAGGGGAACACUGAGGAUGAGGAGGAGCCAACCCCCAACAGCAAGGCCAAGAAAGGUAAAGGCUCCAAGGAGAAGGCGGCGGAGGUGCGUGAGAAGGAGUCUCUGACGCCGGAGGAGCUUCAGCAGCAGCAGCAGCGCGAGCGCGAGCUCCUGGAGCGCAUCCAGAAGGCGGCCGCCUGCACCUACAUCCUGCCGCUGGGCCGCGACCGCUACUACCGCCGCUACUGGCUCUUCCCCGCAACCGGGGCGCUCUUUGUGGAGGACGACUUCUUCGGCGUCACCGAGGACAUGCUGCUGCCCCAGAAGCCGGAGCCCGAGACCCAGGAGGCUCCCAAACAACAACAACAACAAGAGCAGGAGCAGCAGCAGCAGCCCCAAGAGGAGAAGAUGGAAACGGACGAGGUGAAGACUAAGGACGAGGAGGGCGAGGCCAAAGCCCCCAAGGAGGAGGCCGAGGCUGUGACCCACCGCUGCGGGCCCCCUGUGAACCGGCCCAACCAGUGGGCCUUCUACAGCUCGAUGGCAGAGGUGGAGGAGCUGCUGGAGGCGCUGAACCCGCGCGGCCACCGGGAGAACAGCCUGAAGGAGGCGCUGCAGCAGGAGAAGGAGCGCAUCGCCCAGCUGCUGGACGGCACCACGGGCCAACGCCUCAACUACACAGAUAAGACUGACGGAAAAGCUGUCUCAACGAAGGUCAAGAGCAACUCUGCCCCCUCAGAGAGCUCGGCCCCUGCUGAACGUCACAUGGAGAACCGUCUCCGUGACCUGCUGCUGGACAUUGAGGACCGCAUCUACCAGGGCACACUAGGAGCCGUUAAGGUGAUGGAGAGGAGUGCCUGGAGGGAAGCCCUGGAGAGUGGCAACUACGAGCUGCUGGCCUCGGAGCCCCGGGAGAACGGCUCGGACAAGAGUGAAAACGGAGACGUGGAGGCCAUGGAGUUGGACGACCCACACAUGAGAGUCAGCGCUAAAGACCGACUCCAGGAGCUGAAGGCGGAGACCCUCAGCACAGCCUCCACCAGCGCCAGCACCCCGCAGCCCGUCAAUAACACUGUGCACUAUCUGGCCCAGGCUCUGGCGCAGAUCUUGCAGGGCAUCGAGCGCAAGUUCCUCAAGGCCCCGCUGGGCGAUGAUGACUCGAAAAAGGACCAAAAGGAUAAAAAGAAAAAGGACAAGAAGAAAGAUGACGAUCAGUCGAGUGAGAAGGAUGAUGGCAGUGAUUGCGGCCGUCAGGUGAAGACCAUUCAGGAGCGGUGGCGAGAGUCGCUGCUGGCCUGCUCCAGCCUCUCACAGGUGUUCCUGCACCUGUCCACCCUGGAGCGCAGCGUGGUCUGGGCCAAGUCACUGCUCAACGCACGCUGCAAGGUGUGCCGGCGCAAGGGCGACGCCGAGAACAUGCUGCUGUGCGACGGCUGCGACCGCGGCCACCACAUCCACUGCGUCCGUCCCAAGCUCAAGGCCGUUCCCUCGGAGGACUGGUUCUGUCCCGAAUGCCGUCCCAAACAGCGCUCCCACCGCAUCAACUCCCGCCAACGCUCCUCCAUUGACUCCGAAGAGAAGGUGGAGGAGGAAGAGGAAUCUGAAGAUGAGGAGGAGUCUGAGGAGGAGGAGGAGGAAGAAUCUGAGGAAGAGGAAUCUGAGGAGGAGGAGGAGAUUGCUCCCAAGAAGAAUGCCGUCAAACUCCCUGUCGCCACAAAAGGGAGCCGAUCAUCGGGGCGAUCUACGGCCAAGCAGAACGAUUCUGUGCAUUCCACUCCCCGUAGCCAGCAAAGCACCCUGAAACAGAACGCCUCGGCUGGGAAAGGGGCCGCCAAGGGGUCGGGAAAGAAAGCCACCCCAGUGUCCAACGGCAGGCCCCCUCCCCGGCCGGGCAGUCGCACCAGCUCCCGCCUGAGCCAGGAGAUCCUGACCACCAACGGCCCCUCCAGUAAAACCAGCAGCCCUGCCCCUGUCCAGACGGAGGCCAAAAAAAGACCUGCAACAGAGGUGUCCCCUAAAACGAAAGUGGUGUUGACUCCAUCGUCGACAUCCUCCUCAUCCAGUCGCCGCAGCUCCGGCAGAAACCUGGGGGUCCAUGAGCUGUCUGCCUGUGAGCAGCUGACGGUGGACCUGGUCAGGCAUGAGGACAGCUGGCCCUUUAAAAAGCUAGUGUCCAGGACACAGGUGCCAGACUACUAUGACAUAAUCAAAAAACCAAUUGCUUUGAGCAUAAUCAGGGAGAAAGUCAACAACUGUGAAUAUAAAACUGCUUCGGAGUACAUUGAGGAUGUGGAGUUGAUGUUCACCAACUGCUUAGAGUACAACCCCCGCACCACCAACGAGGCCAAAGCCGGCAUGAGACUCCAGGCCUUUUUCCACACCGAACUCCAGAAGCUGGGCCUGGGCGACCGGAUCCCGCCUCCGCCCAAACGACCCAGAGUGUAGAGGAAAGCAAAAUAAACCUCAUGUCUAGGUGUUCCGAUCAGGUUUUUUUUUUUUUUUCCCCUUCUUUUUGUUUUCCUUCUUUUCCACCACUGAGAUACGCUCGUCUCUUUCACUCUCACUAAAGUAACAGACUGCUGAGCAUUCACACCAGAUGUUGGUGGAACAAUUCCCAAAACAGAAGAAAUGUAAAUAUCAUUCCAUUUCUGAGACAUAGAGGACAGGGGGGGAGGAGACGGGGAGAUGAACCCUGUGCUGUGAAAAAAAAUAUUUGCACUGUGUUGAAGUCCUCUCCAUUCACACACUCAGGACAAAAAGCACUGUGAUUUGAUAUUUUUUUUACGGUGCAUGUAUAUUUUUUUACCUAAGCUGCAUUUCUAGACUACUGUUUUUUUUUUUCUCUGUAUAUAUAUACUUUUUCUUUUACUUCAGUCAUUACAACAUUAUCGUUAAUAAAUUAAGUAUUGCAGCUGGAAGCAACAGACAUUUGUUUUGUUUCAUAGUAGUAAGUUGUGAAACGUUAUUGAAUCAACCGUUAUUGGUCCCUAUUACCCUGCUGAACACUACAUAGGAACCAAAAUGUGCUCUUCCAAAUUUCUUUCUUGUACUUCUCCUUUUGUAUCAAUUGGUUAUUUAUUUAGGAUUUAAUUUUGAAUUCGAAUACUUGCUUUAUUUAUAAGAAUGUUUUUAUAGGAUGUGUUUGCGAACCUUUUGUAAAGUAUAACCAGAAGUGGUUUUCAGUUGAAACAAAGUUACAAAGGGUUGUAAAGUACGUUGUUUUCCUGUCAUGUUACUGCUUAUCGUGUACAUUUUUCUGUAUGUAAAAUAAAUGCAUUUUGUUAAAUGUU